AUGAUGGAUAUGGCGCAAGCAUUGACGGCGGCUGAGAACCCACAGGUGCUAGCUGGGUCUGGCGGUCAUGCAGAUCAGCAGGCGUUUGGGAGUGCUAAGGAAUAUACGGGGCCCGCAGUUGGCGGACAGGAUCGUUCUCUGGACACUCAAGAGCAGUUUGCGACUGACACGGUUGUGCAGAACGAGACUCCUGAAGCAUCACAACGAUUCAAGAGUUCUCCAGAGGAGCAAAACUCUGCUGAUGAUCAGGCACCGAUCGGUUAUGCCGAUAUCAGCGUUGGUUGA